AUGUUCUCUGCUCCGCGGCAGAGCCUCCACCCGCUGGUCGAGGCGGACGAGGACGCCUCCGGCGCCGUGGAGACGGUGCAGCACGACGGGCCCCAUGGAGACACCUCUGGAGGGUCACCCCGCUUCAGGGCGGAGCAGGCGUACCAUGAAGACGCAUGCGGCCGGGCGCCCGCCUACCAGCAGCGCGGGCAGUCUUUCGCGUUGCCGAUCGGCGGAGGCAGCUAUCCCAUUCAACCAGACUUUGCGAGUGAGCAAGCGUUUCUAUUGCAGCUGAUUCGAGAUCAGCAAAGCGAAGGGCAGUUCCUUGGCGAGGAGCUGGACGUCGACUACGCGUCCGGGACACACGGCGCCGCGCGCAAGACUGACUCACGCGCGCUGAGUGCUCCCGACAGCGGCGACGCCACGUUGUUCCCUGAUGAAGCAGACGCCGCACACGCGCUGCACAUUCUGUCUCCGUCGCGCGCGAGCGCCGCCGCGUCUGGGGUGACGAGGAGGUCGUCUGUCUCCGCGGACGCCGCCACGGCGCAGGGCCUUUUCGGGCCCUCGUGCCUGAGCUACGUCGACCCCCACGACGCGCCCUUCGGCGUGGGGCCGUCGGCCGUGCUGCCGACAGUCCGUGAGUGCCCGCUCGAAAAAUGUGCGCACCUGGGCAUGUCUUCUUCUUCGCCCCCGACCUCGCCUGCAGCCUCCGUCGGCUCGCACAGCAGCCGCGAGUCGUCGCCGGUGCGGAAGGAGACAGCCGCUGCCGCCGCGGGGGCGGGCAUAUCCGCUGCCCAAGGGCGAGAGGCCGAGGAGAGGAGCUCCUCGAGCGCGAGUCUUGGCGGCGGUGCGGAGAAGCGCGACGAAGACGGGCAUCGCCUUCUGCAGGACAGAAGCCUCGCUCAGACGCAUGCAGUGAGAAACGGGGCCUCGUCGCCCGCCCCCACGGCUGAGCCUGUCUCUGCUUCGGCGGCCUCCGGGGCCACCGAAGACGCCGAAGACCGAAAGAUCUUUUAUGAGCCAAGCCAGGAAGCCUGCCAGCCCGACGGGGUGGUCGCGGUCAAGGCGGAGGAGUGCGCUGCGUCAUCUUCCAACCACGACUCCACGCAUUCCUCGUCCUCCUCAACAUCGCGCUCGACCGGGCUGCCCACGCCUGCGCGCUCAUUCUCCCUCCCGAAACAGAGCUCCGCGCCCUCCCCGCCUGGCGACGGAGUGGCAGGCGGGCGGCAGGACGCGUCCCGCGGCGGGAAGGAGAGCGCCCUGGAAAGACCUGGGGGCCGCACUGAGCCUGCGUCGGCGUCCGCGGCGAGGACGGGCGCCGCAGACACGCCCGCAGCCAAGCAGGAGAAGCCGGACUGCAGUGACGCAGCCAAGACGACGGGGGACCUGUCGCCGGCCGCCAGCACGCCGUCGAAGGUCUCCACGUCGUGUGCGGAGAUCAAGGGGUCUUCCAAAAGAGGGACGAGCACCAAAUCCUCCAGCUCGGAGGCCUGCGACCCGCCGCGCAACGCACGGGGCUACGCGCCGCUGGCACAACACGAACGCUUCUUGCACACGGCGGCGCAAAGCCAGAAGGGUCCGGUCGCCUCGUCUUUGGCGUCGCCAACCUUCUCCGUCGCCUCCCGCUCCUCUGUCUGUGUCUCUUCGUACUCCGACUCGUCUUCGCCGCACAGCGGAGUUGACAGCGGCGGGCAGCCGGAUCGCCCCGUCGCGCGAGAGGCCGCGUACGCCAGCCAGGUCGACGGCAACGGGACUGAAAGCGAGGGCGACGUGCGUGGAGCACAGAGAAACAGCGUGGAAGACGACGACUUUGUCUACUUGCAAAACAUGCCCUCUGUGGCAACGCGCAUGAUGCUGAAAAAAAACAAACGCCUCUCGCCGGACGACUUCCUUCCUCUCCGGGUCAUUGGCAAAGGCUCCUACGGAAAAGUCAUGCUGGUCCAGUUCCACCAAGACGGCGGAGUCUACGCGAUGAAAAUGCUGAGGAAGGAAGCCGUUGUCAAGAGGAAUCAGGUCGAGCACACGCGAACCGAGAGAGACGUUCUGGCCUGGGUAUCUCAUCCCUUUAUCGUUCAGAUGCACUACGCCUUUCAGACGCGGAAGAAGCUCUACUUCGUUCUCGAGUAUUGCCCCGGAGGAGAGCUUUUCUUCCAUCUUUCUCGGGCCGGCAGGUUUACAGAGAACGCGGCAUGCUUCUACUCCGCUGAAGUUCUUCUUGCUCUUGAGCACCUCCACAAGCACAACGUCGUCUACCGCGAUUUGAAGCCGGAGAACGUCCUGCUGGACGACCAAGGCCACGUGCGCCUGACGGAUUUCGGCUUGUCUAAGGAAGGCGUCGAGGACAACUGCAGCGCGCGCUCGCUCUGCGGCACGCCCGAGUACCUCGCACCCGAAAUCCUCAACCAGCGGGGCCACGGCAAAGCAGUCGACUGGUGGAGCUUGGGUGCACUCAUCUACGAAAUGCUCACGGGUUUGCCGCCCUUCUACAGCGGAGACCGCGAACGGCUCUUUGAAAACAUCCGGAGCUCGGAGCUUCAGUAUCCGUCGUACAUGUCUCCAGUCGCCAUAAACCUGCUGAAGGGUCUCCUCCAGCGGAAUCCAGAUAAACGCCUCGGCGGCGGGCCGCGGGAUGCCGAAGAGAUUAAGCGGCACCCGUUUUUCGCGCAGAUUGACUGGGACGCUUUGAAGGAUAAGCGCGUGCGACCUCCUUUCUCGCCUCGCCUGCAGUCGCCGACGGAUGUCCAGUACUUUGACAAGGAGUUCGUCAAGUUGCCGGUUAUCAACUCUGAGGUGCACGAGUACCCCAUUGGCCUUGCCGCGGGCGAGCCGGAGGCGGGGUGUACGUACACCUCGGGGGACGUGAUUGGCGCGGGCGUGGAGGGCCGGGAGUGUUGGGGGGAGGCCUUUUCGCAAGAUUGCGCGUCGGCGUUUCCACACGGCACGUCUCCGCCAAACUUUGGUGGCGGGUACUCGACGAGUUAUUGCUCGUCGGCGCACCCCUCACAGAGCAUGGCGGCGGGCAUGUUUGCGUCUGCCCCGUUUGCGACUUCGCCGCUGCCGGGCGCCCCCGGCAGCGGCGGCACGGGCGGCGCAGCGAGCCACGCGCGGGGCGGUGCGCCUGGCGUCUUCGCCUCAUGCGCGAAGGCCGGCUUCCCUGCGUCUCCAGGCGGAAAGGAGAACCGCUUUGCGGUGCCCGGUGCGCUGCGCUCCGACAAUGCGCCGUGCUUCCACGGCGAACACGUUUGGCCAAACCGGGAAGGCCUGGCGCCUGACGGCGCGAUGCCUCCUCCGAUGUACCCUGGCGGGCCUCCACCGGGGUCGCUACCCCACUACGGACCCGCCGCGGGUUUCGGCAUGCCCAAGUCAGCUGCGCCGGGCAGACCUGCCGUAGGCCCUGGAGCGAUCGGCGGCGCAUUCGGCCCCAGCGGCUGUCUCAUGCCGAAUCAGGCCCCUUUCACGCAAGCAGACGACGAUGAAAGCGACGACUCCAUGUUCGAAGGGUUCACGUAUGAUGAGCGACUAGAUAGCACCCUGGGAGCCGCCGCAGGGGCGAGCUCGUGGAGACCAGAUCGCGCAUUUCGGGCGAAAGGGAACGAAGUGGAUAUUUUUAUGUGGCUGAUGCUGAAUAAGGGAGAUAUUGCCUCGUAUUGCCUAGGCCAGCCGCGCAAGCGCGAAGAGCGUAUUCGGGGUCUGCGAGGGUGUAGAGCUCACCGCGAAGACACUCGACGCGAAUUCUGA